CACCAUUAAGCUCUCUUAAGGUGGAGAAUCCUAGGAGCAUCUCUAUGCUACUAGUCUUCCAUACACGCCACAUGUGCAGCCGCCAUGUUGUCACCUUGUUGGCGUCAUGUCAUCUGCCACAUGUGACACCACCCCCUAGGCGCAGCCUCGAAGUAUGUGUCAGACGCCUCAGGCAUUGAGUGGGUCUUUCUUUAUCGAGCCCAACUCAUUUGUUUGUGUGAAAGACUGAACUUAUUGGGCUGAAUGUGCCUAUCUUUCUGGGAUUACUUCUUAGUCCUUGAAUGAUGAGCAACUGGGCCCAACACGCGCGUAGUACAUAUAAGAUUAAACAAACAAUGGUAGAAUGAAUAUCUGCCACAGUAUAAAUUGAUUGUAUACAUGAAGCAAGAUAUACUAAUCAUCAUAUACCACCUUUUGUCACCACUUACCACCCUAUACCAUGGUGAUAUAAUUGGUCCUCAAUUAUUUUUCCAUAAAUUUGCUGAAUCGCUAUUUGUCGCCCUAGAAUUCAAAUUUCAUCGCCCUAAAAUACACCAAAUUGACACUAUUAUCCUUUGACCCCAAUUUCCAACCAAAAUCCAAAACAAACAAUCCCUUACAAUGCCCAGUCGCCGUCGUGCUCCUCUGUCCUCCGGCCGCUGCGCUCAUGUCGCUGUCAGAUUCUUCUCUCCAAUAGGUGACCACCUCAUCCCGACCGCAGUCGGUGCUCCUCUGUCCUUCGGCCACUCAUGUCGAUGUCGGAUUCUUCUCUUCGACGGGUUCCCACCUCUACCCGACCCCGCCACUUCCCUACUGCUGCCGGAUUCCUCUUUUGGUGCCGAGGAAGGAUACAAAGGAGGAACGAGGUUUUAGGGUUAGUUUUUACUUUUACUGGUGAAUUAUGUUCAGAAUGUUGAAUAUGAUAUGAAAGGAUCUAGGCAUGAAAUCUCCGCACUGUUACUUUUUAACUACGAAACUCUGAAUCCAUUCCACGAGGAAGCUUGCCCCUAUAAUCAACUUCUUUUCUCUAGAGUCAUAGGCAGUUCCAAGUUCUCCGCACUUCUCUGAAUCUUCAAUUGUAAUCAACCAAUACUCCAUCCAACUCUAUUUUGCUUUUCACCUGACUGCAUAAUGCAACAUUUAUUAGUCGAUUCAGAUUCUAGCGAGCUUGGCAUGGACCUGUCCCAACUCACUAGAGACGAAGAUUCAACCAUUCCGGCGAUUCCCUCCGUUUACAUGUUUCUACGGACAAAAUUAACUUAUGGAUAUUUGAGUAAUUUUAAUAAAUGUUAGGGCGACGAAUAAGGUGUUGUAGGGCGACGAAUAGCAAUGCCCUAAAUUUUUGGGUAAUUAGAAUAAACGGUCACAUAACUU